GCUGAGAAAUGCCAGGAGCAGCGGAGUCAGGAUCUGCUCAAACCAGGUGGUCUCUAUAACAGCAAGGUAGCGGCUUGAGUCAAAAAGCAUCAGCAUCCACGUUAUAAAGGCAUCUCUGGGGCUCGUAAUGGUACCCUUCACGUGCCCUCCAUCUCAUGCUGCUGAGGACGGGGUUCCUGCCUACCCCGUGGAGAUACCAUUUGCUUGCUUUUUAACACACAAACAACACGUCAACACAUUAACAACACCAAAGCUAGAAGAGAAACUUCCUCUCCCUGUGAAAUUCACCCCAGAAAAUCCUGAGUUGUAAAGCAGAGGAACUUGUAGACGAACACUUUACCUCUGGGUCGCAAACCAUCACAUAUAUUAGGAGGGAAUUUUCAUUAUAUUUUUUUUUCCUUGCCUGAAUAUAUGCUGAUCUCAUUCAUCUUGGGAAAAGCACAGGGUGUUCUCAUCCAGGCUAUACCUGGCAAGCUGCAUACGCUGUGACAGAGGGAGCGAACUUCUGAGCAAGAUCUGCAGUGGCUGCCGCCGGCUUUCUUGUGGCUUAUUUCUUGAGCGAGAGGCCGCCUUCUUCACCUGGCAUUCUUGAGAGAGAUGAAGGAUUAAUCAGCCACUCGAUGGGGAUUAACAGUGGAGCACCUCUUUGUGUCGCCUUUCCACCUCUCUGUAGCAAGAAUAACAACUUCAGCACUUCUUCAAUAAUAAUUAUGAAACUGGUAUUAACUGAAUGGCAAUUAUGGAUUUUUAACUCUAACUCACAGUAAAUCAGCAAGCCAUAUGUUGAAAUUCCUACCAAAUAGCUUUUUGUUCUUAAUGUCUCAUAUCUAUACAAGAAGUUUCAAGAUAUCUGUUUGUACAAGAGGAAUAUAAGCAUUACUUGCCAGAGGAACAGAAGCUGAAAGAGAAGACACCCUAACUUGUUUGUGGAGUUAUGGUAGUAUUAUUUAUAUAGAUAUAUAACAAAUAUAUAUAUAUAUAUAUAUUUUUAUGGUAAUGAAAAUGGCUCCCCAGAAUGCUGACUCGGAAUCUAUGCAAGUUCAAGAUCUACCUGUAGCACAGCUUCAGAAACCAGAAAACAAGGAGAAUGAAAGUAGGGAGGAGACCAUUAGUGAAGGAUCCAUAGACCGGAUACCAAUACGCCUGUGGGUGAUGCAUGGUGCAGUAAUGUUUGGCAGGGAAUUUUGUUAUGCCAUGGAAACAGCUUUGGUAACACCCGUAUUGUUACAAAUUGGUCUUCCUGAACAGUACUACAGCCUCACUUGGUUCCUUAGCCCUAUCCUGGGCUUGAUCUUCACUCCGCUUAUAGGUUCGGCUAGUGACCGCUGCACGCUCAGCUGGGGCCGCCGGCGGCCUUUUAUUCUUGCUCUCUGCAUCGGUGCCCUCUUUGGAGUUGCACUUUUCCUUAAUGGCUCUGUUAUAGGUCUGGCUAUUGGCGAUGUCCCAAACAAGCAGCCCAUUGGUAUAGUUCUCACGGUGCUUGGUGUUGUGGUGUUGGACUUUUGCGCUGAUGCAACAGAAGGGCCGAUUCGGGCCUACUUGUUGGAUGUGGUGGACAGUGAAGAACAAGACAUGGCCCUUAACAUCCAUGCGUUUUCAGCUGGUCUAGGAGGAGCAAUCGGUUAUAUGUUAGGAGGGCUGGACUGGACACAGACCUUCUUGGGUAGUAUUUUUAAAUCUCAAGAGCAAGUCCUUUUCUUCUUUGCAGCCAUUAUUUUCUCUGUCUCCGUUGCUCUCCACCUUUUUAGCAUUGAAGAAGAGCAAUAUAACCCUCAGCAGGACAGGAUUGAUGACGAAGGAGACACACUUUCCAGUGUCAAAUUAAGCGGUAGUCUCCCCCCUCUGAAUCGACUGAAUGUAAUUAGUGAGGAAGAGCCGUAUGGAGCCUCUAUGUUCCACGACGAGGUUCAGUCAGAGCAUGAUCUCAAUAUGGAGUUCCUUGAGGUGAACAUUGUAAGAAGCAAGAGUGACUCGGUUCUGCACAUGCCCGAUGCUACGUUGGAAAUUGAAUCGGAGCUGCUUUUUCUGCAUGACAUCGAACCCUCCAUUUUUCAGGAUGCUUCGUAUCCAAACACUCCCCACAACACAAGCCAAGAGAUCAUGAAGUCCAAACUCAACCACCUGUCUGCUUUCCUCAGGGACAAUGAGAAAGAGGAAGAAAUGUUGCUCGAUAAUCGCUUAAAUGAAGAUAAAGUCCCAAACGUGAAUGGCUCUCUACCAAAAGAGUUCCUCAAUGGACACGCUAGAAUAGGCAUGAAGCAAUCUAGUACUUCAAACUCCAUGCGAAGGCGGAGGCACAUGUUCUACCGUCAGCCAUCUUACACCUUCUCGUACUAUGGCAAAAUAGGCUCUCACCGCUAUCGCUUUCGCCGGGCCAAUGCCAUCGUCUUGAUAAAGUCCUCACGCAGCAUGAACGAUAUCUACGACAUGCAGAAGCGGCAGCGACAGAGGUACAGACACAGGAAUCAGAGUGGGACGACAAAUUCAAGCGGAGACACAGAGAGCGAAGAGGGGGAAACUGAAACCACUGUCAGACUCUUGUGGUUGUCGAUGCUAAAGAUGCCAAAGGAGCUGCUGAGACUGUGCGUCUGUCACCUCUUAACUUGGUUUUCGAUCAUUGCUGAAGCUGUGUUCUACACGGAUUUCAUGGGACAGGUCAUCUUUCAGGGCGAUCCAAAGGCCCCUUCUAACUCGACUGAGUUACAUGCCUAUAAUGCUGGAGUUCAGAUGGGAUGCUGGGGACUGGUAAUUUAUGCUGCUACUGCUGCCGUUUGUUCGGCCUUGUUGCAGAAAUAUUUGGACAACUAUGACCUUAGUAUAAAAGUGAUCUACAUCCUGGGCACGCUGGGUUUUUCCCUUGGCACUGCAGUGAUGGCUAUGUUCCCCAACGUCUACGUCACCAUGAUAAUGAUCAGCACUAUGGGAAUAGUCUCUAUGAGUAUCUCCUACUGCCCCUACGCGCUUUUGGGACAAUACCAUGAUAUUAAACAGUACAUUCACCAUAGCCCUGGGAAUUCAAAGCGAGGAUUUGGCAUAGACUGCGCUAUUCUGUCAUGUCAGGUUUACAUCUCCCAGAUCCUGGUGGCCUCUGCGCUCGGUGGUGUGGUGGAUGCGGUUGGCACAGUCAGAGUCAUUCCCAUGGUGGCUUCAGUGGGAUCCUUCCUGGGUUUUUUGACAGCUACCUUCUUGGUGAUUUACCCCGAAGUCAAUGAAGAGCCAAAGGAAGAACAGAAAGGACUAGGUCCUCCGGAAACAACCGAGGGCAACGGCACGAGCGCCGAGAAGCCGACGGUGCUGAAGCUCACGCGUAAAGGAGCUGCCGCGGCGGAGCCGGAGAGCGAGUCAGCCGUGUGAGGCCGUCGCUGCUUGUUCACCCACAUUCCAGGGAGGGCAGGUGCAGGAUCAAGGACUUUUUUCUCCCCCCCCCCCGCCCCCAGGGAAAAAAAAAAUUAGGAUCUUCACUACUUGUAGCUAAAAUUACAGAAGAAAAGUUUCCUGCAAAAGUGUAAAUGAAAUUCUGUAGUCCUUAAUAUAGGCUUGAACAGGUAGCUACGAUGCUAAUUGCUUUCUCUACAACUUAGAAAUGUCAUUUCUGAACACUUUUUUAUUAAGAAUACAUUUAGGUUUCGAAUAAGUUUUAUUAAUCUGCAUGAGACUCACCGUGUAUACAAUUAGCAGUUAGAAAAAUUAAGUUUUCGGCUGUUUUUAAACUAACUGAAAAUGGAAGCUAUCUCGACUUACAGUCUCUUGCUAUUUUUUGUCUGAACAUUUCAGAUUCCACUGGUGUAAUCAAAUCCGUAGACAUCUUGAUCAACUUUUUUUUUUUCAGCGGCAUGACAUUCUUGGUCUGACAGCUACAGUUCUUUAACGUUAAUUUUAGACUUUAUGAUUUUGCUAGUGCAAUUACUAGGGAAUAGUUUUAUUUGCAAUUACUUUCGAGGAGAAAAAAAAAAAAAACCAAAAGCAAAAGCAAUUACCGCGGUUUCUGAGAAACUGGCGUGAAUCCUUUGAGAGUCAUACUGUUCAACAGCUCCUCCCAAGUCUGCUGCGUGUCGGGAGAGGGUGACGCCGGGUGCCUGAUGGGAACUGUAGGUGGAAGGAGCAGCAACUGGGAGAGGUGACCAGCACUGACAGGUUGGGGUUUUUUUUUUUAUCACAAGUGCUGAAUUUUUAUGAAUGUCGUUGGAAUACGCUGUGACAAUUUUUAGCUGGGAGUUUUGUGUGCUGGUGAACUUCGGGGUGGGGGGGUGGUUUCUUGGCAUUUAAACCUGAUCAUCUCUGGAUGAAGCUGCCGUGGAGAAAAGGCGUCUCUGGGGUCAGCUUCGUGGGGGGGGAGGGGGGUGGGCAUGCGGAUUCUCUUUCGUUAGGGAAAGGAAGUCGUUGAUUAAUUGCACUUUUAAUGAUCCUUUAACCUCCUGGCUGGCAACGCAGCAGCCAAGGUAAAGGCAGGGUGUCAGUACAACAAGGUAAACCGAAGGCCUACCUCCGUCACUUUAUGGCAUAGUCUGGGUGUAUAAAAAUCUGUGUCAGAAACAGUUUUUAGGCCUUAAAAUGCAAUCCACUAGCGUGUGUUGCUGUUCCGGUCCCCACGUUGGAGGAAUCGCAGGCUGGAGCUCUUCCGAGCUGCUGUCCCAAUGUCAUCGGCGCAACCUCCGUGCCCCCUGCCUCGAUUCAGGACAUAGCUGCAGCGCUAAGACGUUUUUCCGUGAAGAGCUUGGAAGAGUCGCGUUAACCCGAUUUAAAAUCCUGUUUUGGAUGGCUAGGGGUGCGCCCCAGUCCGCGGGCAGCCAAAGCUCAGAGAUCCAGCAGCCGUUUAAAGAAACUUUGGAAACACAGCUUCCGUUUGUCGUCUCCUAAGAAGUCUUUGUGAUGCUUUUUGCUCUUUUCGCGUGGACCUCCGGGCUGCGGUCCAUCCGUGCGCUAAACCAGACAAAUCACAGCUCGUUGUCAGAUUUCUGCUGCCUCCAACUUCUCGUACUACAGUACUUUAAAAACGCAUGCGGAAAACCAUGCUGCAAUACAGUCAUUCAAAAGAAGAGUAUAUAUUUCAAAGUGAAAAGCAGUUCUUAACAAAUUACUUGAAUUGUCGAUGUAUUUAAGGAACGUGUGUGUGGGUAUGUCUGAAGCUAACGCGUGAGUCUCGGCCAGCGUCAUCGACGAAGUCCUGGCGGCGCACGCGGGUUUGAGCUGCCGGCUUUCGGUGGGUGCCCACGUCCUGGGCCGUCGCGGGUGACAAUGUUGUUUUUUCAGGCUGCUGAAAUCGCCACGCACUAAAGUACGUGUAAUCGCACAGGACUUAGUUGGGUUUGUUGGUUUGUUUUUUUUCCAAGUGUCUCAAGAAAGCCUUUUUCUUUCUUUCUUUAAAGUGAAUCUUCUUUUUUUUUUUUUAUUUAGGACACAUACUGUGAACUGUGUUCAGGCAGGGGAAUAAUACUACUGAAGAAUAUGAGACCUUAUGGAAGAAAUCAGUUGUCAGAAAUACUUUAACUGAACUUCUGCCGUGAAUCUUAUCAUCUCAGUUACAUUUAAUAUAUUCUGGUGAUGUUCGUGUAUAACAGAGAUGAGUGUUGUAUUUCACCUGAUAACUGGCAUUCGUAUAAAACACACACUGAGUUAGACAUUUUAAAGUGGCUUUAAUAUUUUAUUUGUAAAGCUCCUUGAAGACCCCGCUGUUGGUUAAACGGACGCUGUCGAGUAACUCCUUAUUUUAAUCUCUAUUUCUGGAAAGGUUCUUCUGCAAGUUUAAAAAACUCCAUCUUCUGGCCGGUGCCUUUUCCCCGCGAGCUUCCUGGAUGCGGGUGGUUUCGAAUCGCCGUUACUCCCCGUGGCACCUUCGAAAGCCGAGGUUUCUUUCGCAGCAGCAGCAGCGAGCUGAGCGAGGUCAGGCCGCAAAGAGAAGCUGAAGCUCCCUCUCGCUCCACACCCAGCGGCGGGAACGCGAAGCCGUUUCGGGGUGAGCUCCCGCACGUUUAUUCAGCUUUCUCAGUCAGGGGAAGGGUGAGGAAGGGAGGCAGGAUGUUUGGAACCCGGAGGGUUUCAAUCAAAAGCAGGGCAGGUCCGAUUUUGUCCCAGCCAGCAUUCGGCAUAGCCUCAUUUCUAAGAAUUGGAUGUUAAAAUCCCUAUUUGGAAUUUGUUUGUGGAGCUGUUUCCUUACCGUUCGUAACGCACGAAUAUGCGCGCUGCCUUGUAGCAGGAAGCUCUAUUUCACUCCCCUGUAAAGCCGAAGGAAAUAAUUAUCCAUUGUAAACGCGCCGAAGUGUUUGUAGUAUUGCCAGAAGAAUUAACUUGGGGGAGCCCCUGCCAACGUGUCUCCUCCUGUACCUCGGCCAGCCCGGGAAACCACCGCUGGCAUCCACUCCGCUCGCCGUGAGGGCUCCCGAGAGCUUGUUCUUGAAUUUGAGAGAGUUUUAUUUCUGGCCCUAGCACUUCUCAGGGUGGAGUGGGCACUGAUUUAUUUCUGCACGUGUCCCUUACCUUAUUUUUUGAUGCAGAAAUGGGUUUGGUUUUUUUUUUUUUGGUCACGAUUGAAAGGUAAAAGCAGUAAGAUUUGAUGUGUUUGUUGCAGAAGUUGUGGGAAGAGAGAGUUUGAAGGGGCUUUAUUUUAUUCCCGGAGACAAUAAGCAUCAUUUUUUGUCGGUCGGUAUCGCUGUAUGGUCAAAUUCAUCCCGCGUUCUCCAUCCCUUUGGACCUUCCCUGCAGUUGGCCUGAGGUCGAGUGGUUUCGUUCUGGUUGCUCUAGACUGUAAUCAAUUUUA